GCUAAACUGAGCAGCAGUAAAACAGUUUCCUGUGUGGCUACAUCCAGAGCACUCUUAUUCUUGAAUUCUGCUCUCACCUGUCAGAGUCUCUCAUAUGACAGGCAAAGGCAUUAUUAGCCUGUGUAUUUCUUUUCUUGGCUUACUUUCUGGGCUCUUGAUGAUCAAAAUUCUUAAAUUCAAACUGCUGUGAUAAAAGAUAAGAUCGCUUCUUCCGAGGAUAUAGACACAAACUCUGCAAAAGUUCAGACGCUGUCUUCUAAAAAUCAGUAAUGAGUAAAGAAGUUGUAACUUACUCCAAUGUGCUAUUUCAACCAUCAUCUAAGCCACAGAGGAGGCAAAGACUUGAAACUACCAAGAGAAAAGUUCUUUCACAGAUGGAAAUCAAUUACCAAAAAACCCCACAAGAUCACCCUACUCCACUUUCUUCAUGGAAAUAUGUUGCUGUGUUUCUGUUGAUCAUUUGCCUGGGGCUUCUUCUGUCUGUUGGAUACUUGGUCAUGGAGUUGAAUAAAAAGCCAUUUCAACCAGAAGGAUGUCCAGGAAAUAGCUCCUCCUACAAGGAAGCAAAUAAAACAGUUUGGAAAUACCCUACUUGUUCAAACAACUGGCAUCAGUAUGGAGAAAACUGCUAUUAUUUUUCAAGAAACAGUUUUCCUUGGAAGGAAUGUCGCCAUUAUUGCACCAAUUUACAUUCUGAAUUUCUUAAGUUGAAUACUGAAGAAGAGAUGAACUUUAUAAUAAAAUUGUCAAAAAUGCAAUGUGGUUUGCAAAAAGAAAAGUUUUCAAUUAGUUUAUACUACAGCAAUAAACAACUGAACUGGGUUUGGCUAGAUGAUACAAAACUUACCCUGGACAAGUAA